ACUGACGAGCAGCACGUCACCCCUCUUCCUCUCAACUGUGCAGUCGCAUCCCUCUUCAGUCGUGCUGUUGUAACCCGUCGGUGACGUUUAGCUUCAAACUGUGCAACAAUCAUGUCCUUAAUGCACAGAGGCCUGCUGGUAUUUAAUCCUAGAGAGUGGUUAAUUGCUUUCACCUGUUGGUCCAGGUGAAUAGACGGCUCGAAAGAAAACAUUCGGCAGGAUGGAAGAGCCCCGGAGGACCCGAUUGCAGAACAAUGCUCCGAGGCCUCGCCUGUGGAACAGAUUCUCUCAUUCACUUACAAUACUGCUCGCUUUGCUUUCUACUUUUAAUGCUUUGUUUAAGGUUAAAAAAAAAAAAAAAAAGAAGCGUAUUAACAAACUUCUUAAUGUCACGGUUGGUGCAGAUCUAGAGUGCAACCAACAGCAAGGUGUGGCGUGUGAGCCGACUUCUCUUUUGUGCAUGGAAGUAAUGCUUAACUGUCUCUGCUUUCAGGACGGCUCACACAGGCUGUGGUUGAUUAGGUCUGAGUGAAAAUCAAUGAUGGCAAAUGUGUUCUUUAACCUGUCUGUAUCAAAAGCCUUUUAUUUUCCAAAGUUGUAUGGUCAUGGUGUUUGAGUUUUGUGUGUGUGUGUGUGUGUGUCCCUCUUCUAUUUACAGAUGUCCGGUCCGUAGAACGUGCAGCAAAGGGCCACAGACUUUUAAAUACCGGGUCUCCAUGUCAAAGCCCUGCGGUUCAUCCGCUGCUUUCCUCAUCAGCCUGUCUCACACAUGCAUCCACCUGCCAACUAUCACACGUUCUCUUCAGGCAUUUAUUCCCUUCCCCGUGUCACACUCAACCUGCAGAGCUGUAAAGACUGUCGGCGAGGCCUCCAGCCAGCUGGAACACUGAGGGUCUCCUGGGGUUAAGGUAAAGCUGUAACAACCCAAUGAAAACUCUCACCUCCGUGGAAGAGCAGACACGUCAUUCUGGCUGUUAUGCCACCUGACACUGCAAAGCUCUCUUGUGACUCAGCAACAUUUGCGAGACAAAAACACUUCAUGCCCUCCAUGCUCUUUCUAUUCCUGGAUCUCUUCUUGUUCAACUUAGUCAUGUCUCAGGUGGAGAAGAAGGCGGGGCUGCUGAGGAGGUCGUCAUCCUCUAAGAAACCCUUGAAAGAGAAGGUGGUGCUGAUGUACGAUGAGAUUUUUGCGAAAGAAGACCCAGCAAAAAACAACUCUCGCUUCUGGGAUGAGCUGUUUCUUAUGAAGGUGAACCUGGAGUACCUAGAGUCCAAGUUGGAGAGUGUAGAUGGGGAGGAGGUUCAGCGGAUCCAGGACAACAUCAACUCUCUGUUCCACCACUGUGUUCAGGCUCUGGGAGAGGAGCACCAGAUCAAAGUGGUCAAUGCCCUGCAGACACUCUGUGCACUUUUCCGGGGGGUUCACCAGAAGAACAAGUCUGCGUCUGGCUUUGACAUCAUCAACAUGCUCAUGGGCUUUGACAAGGCUGAGCAAAGGAUGAAGGACUUAAUGGAGAGACUGGACAGCCUUCUUUGUGGAGAUGGCUCAGAGAGUCUGAAGAGCCUUUGUCUCAAACUGCUGCUGUGUCUGGUGACGGUAACGGACAACAUUAGUCAGAACACCAUACUGGAAUAUGUGAUGAUCAACAGCAUCUUUGAAGCCAUUCUACAGAUUCUGUCAGAAGUGUCCAGCAGAGGGCAGCAUGGGUACGAUACUGUGGUCCUCCUGGCUCUGCUGGUCAACUACAGGAAGUAUGAGUCGGUGAAUCCUUACAUUGUGAAGCUCUCCAUCGUGGACGAUGAGCCAACACUAGAUGGAAUGGGAAUGGUCGUCCACCACGCUCUGACAGAGUACAACAGGCAGUACAAAGACAAAGAGGAGGAGAACCAGGGCGGGUUCUUCUCCACCCUCACUAGUAUGGUGGGCAGCAUGUUUAUAGCCGACGCUGAUGAGAAACUCUCUGUACAGACCAAUGAGGCGAUUCUGCUGGCGCUCUAUGAGGCCGUGCACCUCAACCGCAACUUCAUCACUGUAUUAGCACAGAGCCACCCUGAGAUGGACAUCCCAACCACACCCACCACCCCUACUCCAACCACGCCUACGUCACCACUCGGCACAACGCCGCCCUCCUUAGACAUGAUGAACAACCCAGAACUGCCUCUGGAUCCCAACCUGCAGACUAGCAACCUCCUCAUCACCUUCCUCAAGUACGCCUCCAUUGUAAUGCAGGAUACUAAAGAUGAGCAUCGACUCAACAGUGCCAGACUGUGCCUAAUCAUCCUCACCUGCAUAGCCGAGGACCAGUACGCCGAUGCCUUUCUUCACGAUGACAACAUGAACUUCAGAGUCAAUCUCCACAGAAUGCCCAUGAGGCACAGAAAAAAAGCCGUGGACAAGAACAUCCCUUCACGUCCGCUGGUGUGUGCUGUUCUAGAUCUGAUGGUGGAGUUUAUAGUCACUCAUAUGAUGAAGGACUUCCCCAUGGAUUUAUACUUGCGCUGUGUGCAGAUCAUCCACAAACUCCUGUGCUACCAGAAGAAGUGCAGAAUCCGGUUACACUACACCUGGAGAGAGCUCUGGUCAGCUCUCAUCAACCUGCUGAAGUUCCUGCUGUCAAAUGAGACGACACUGCUGGCCAAGCACAACAUCUUUCACCUGGCCUUACUGGAGGUGAACCUGUUCAACAUGUUUAUAACAUACGGCGACACGUUCCUGCCCACCUCCAACAGCUACGACGAGCUGUACUAUGAGAUCGUACGGAUGCACCAGGUCUUCGACAACCUCUACUGUAUGGUUCUGAGAGUAUCAACCAACACGGGCCAGUGGAAGGAGGCAGCCAGCAAAGUCACGCAUGCCCUUGUCAAUGUUCGGGCCAUCGUCAACCAUUUUAAUCCCAAGAUUGAGUCGUACGCGGCUGUGAACCACAUCUCCCAGCUGUCCGAAGAACAGGUGUUGGAGGUGGUUCGGUCCAACUACGACACGCUGACGCUUAAACUGCAGGAUGGUUUGGACCAGUUCGAGAGAUACUCGGAGCAGCCCAAAGAGGCUGCUUUCUUCAAGGAGCUGGUGCGCUCCAUCAGUCUGAAUGUGAGGAAGAAUGUCUCUCUGAACACACUGAGUCAGGACGUCCUGCUCAAAGAGUUUUCCACCAUCUCCUGAGACGCACACACUCCUCCAGCCGCCUCCUCCCUUCAGAUGGACGUACACUGUGUGUGUGUGGGGGUGUGUGUGUGUGUGUGUGGGGGUGUGUGUGUGUGGGGACACGAACACAUACCUUCACACACACACACAGCCAUUACACACACUAACAAGGACAGUCCUCGAUUGUUUUCUCCGUGAUUUGUCCUCCUGUGAACUGAACGAUGGAAACUGAGGCAGACACGCUGACGGGCUGGAUGCGCCUCAGAGAAACGCCUGGAAACUGUCCGGACUCGCUCCCUUUGUGGUUGUUGUCGAUGUGUGUGUGUGUGUGUGUGUGCGCGAUAAUUUAAGGAAGUGCCCGUAUUGCACUGGUGUGCAGUCUUCAGUAUUGACUGGACUGUUAACUCACACAUGAACGUUUGGACUUAAUUGAAUUCAAGUAUUUUUAAUCCAGAUGUUCAUCCAACUUUACAGCCACUAAUGAUGUUUUCAGAAGCUUCUGCUCCCUUGAUUCAUCUCCAGUCAUUACUCCAGAAGAUGGAGGCUUGGAGUGAAACACUGUGUUCUUCCUAACAUCUGUAAUGGUGACCUUUAGCCCUUUUGAGUAGAGUCUCACUGUAAAUCCUCUUUGAUCUGAGCAUUAACUCUUUCUGUGCGGCUGAAUGCGUGUUGUGCGAAUGUUAACUUGAAUCAGAAGUUAAAAACAUUUAGAAGUAUUUUGUAGUUGCAUGUUUGCUAAGGGGUAGAACAUGUUGUGCUGUUAAGUUGAGAAUGCUCUGAAGUGAUAAAAACCUUGUUGUUGCAAACCUUUUGUUUUUCAACAAAGCCAGGACUAACAUUCACUACUGCACGUCACACCAGUCGUCUCUUAUUAGUUUAACAAUGCUCAUGCUCAUUCAGAACAAUUGAAAUGGUUAUUUUUGAAUGGAAGCAGGUCUUAAUUAUGCAAUUUCUUCAAGUGAAGGGUCUUAUUUCUCUCAUCUGUAACUCCUGUAGGUAUAUUUAUGUUUCUUUUUUAAAUAAAGGUUGCUUUCCUAUCA